AGGAAUUCGAGCGUUUCGUCACGCCUGGCGGGACCCUUGGAUCUUGGGGGUGAGCUAUUUUGGUCGGCGGGAGAAACUGGCCCCGGUCUGCAAGAGCCUAGGUGAGUCACCCAGAAGAGGAGGAAGGAAUGCAUGAUGAACUUCUACAAGCAGUAUCCAAGGGGUCAGUGAUGUUCAGGGAUGUGUCCAUAGACUUCUCUGAAGAGGAAUGGGAAUGCCUGGACUCUGAUCAGAUGAAUUUAUACAGAGAAGUGAUGUUGGAGAAUUUCAGCAACCUGGUUUCAGUGGGACUUUCCAGUUCUAAGCCAGCUGUGAUAUCCUUAUUGGAACAAGGAAGAGAGCCCUGGAUGGUUGACAGAGAGUUGACUAGAGGCCUAUGUUCAGAUCUAAAAUCAAUGUGUGAGACCAAGAUACUAUCUCUAAAGAAGAGACAUUUCAGUCAAAUAAUGCUUACCCAUGAAGACAUGACUCCUUUCAUUCAGUCCACAUUUCUUACUCCACCUCAAAAAACUAUGAGUGAAGAGAAACAAUGGGAAUGUAAGAUAUGUGGAAAGACCUUUAAUCAGAACUCACAAUUUAUUCAACAUCAGAGAAUUCAUUCGGGUGAAAAACCCUGUGAAUAUAAGGAGUGUGGGAAGUCCAUUAGUUAUGGCUCACUUGUUACUCGACAUGAGAGGAUUCACACUGGUAAAAAACCCUAUGAAUGUAAGGAAUGUGGCAAGGCUUUUAGUUGUAGUUCAUAUUUUUCUCAACAUCAGAGGAUUCACAGUGGUGAGAAACCCUAUGAAUGUAAGGAAUGUGGAAAAGCUUUUAAUUAUUGCUCAAACCUUAAGGAUCAUCAAAGAAUUCACACUGGUGAGAAACCCUAUGAAUGUAACGUAUGUGGAAAAGCCUUUACUAAAAGUUCACAACUUUUUCUACAUCUGAGAAUGCAUACUGGUGAGAAGCCUUAUGAAUGUAAAGAAUGUGGGAAAGCCUUUACUCAACACUCAAGGCUUAUCCAGCAUCGGAGAAUGCAUACUGGUGAGAAACCUUAUGAAUGUAAGCAGUGUGGGAAGGCCUUUAAUAGUGCCUCAACACUUACUAACCAUCACAGAAUUCAUGCUGGUAAGAAGCUCUAUGAAUGUGAAGAAUGUAGAAAGGCAUUUAUUCAGAGUUCAGAACUUAUUCAGCAUCAGAGAAUCCAUACAGAUGAAAAACCAUAUGAAUGUAAUAAAUGUGGGAAGGCCUUUAAUAAAGGCUCAAACCUUACUAGACAUCAGAGAAUUCACACUGGUGAGAAACCCUAUGACUGUAAGGAAUGUGGGAAAGCUUUUGGUAGUCGCUCCGACCUCAUUCGCCAUGAAGGAAUUCAUACUGGUUGAAUGAUAGAAACUAAAGACCCUUUUGUUAACCUUUAUAAUAAGAUUUUUUAAAACAGGUAAUGAG